CGGUGAAUCUUCUUUCCCGGUCGAAGGGAUGGUUUGGCGAGAGUGGCAGGGGUGAAACAGGAGAAAGAAACAAGCGGUAUGGGUGUGGGACCACGCGCGUCUGUGGAUUGGAAGCAAUUGUUGAUCUCCGUCGUCCAGCUGGACCGAUGGUGGUUAGACAGUAUAGGAAGCACAGUUACUCUCACUGUGAUUCUUCAGCUCGUGUAACUGAACGAUUCCACUGCAGGCUGGACAGCGGAGGAGGAGUGCGCCCACAACCUUCAGGGUGACGUCUGAU